GUUGUGUGGCUGUUUUUCUGGGAACUACCGAGCUUGCAGAACGCGAUGACCGUCCCCUCUGCAGAGGAGCUGGACUCCUUCAAGUACAGCGACCUGCAAAAUUUAGCCAAAAGGCUGGGCCUCCGAGCUAACCUGAGGGCAGACAAGUUGUUAAGAGCCUUGAAAGCACACCUGAAUCCAGAAACAAGGAAAGAAAAUAAAAAUCAGGAUGAAAAUCAAUCUUUUGUGUUCUCCAUUGAUGAGACUGAGAUACAAAUUAGCAGUGAGGAGCAAGCUGAGUCGGAAUCCGGUGGUCAUGUCACCAAAACGAGGAGGAGGAAGCGCAAGACCAUCCAUGGAAUUCCUACCUCCCAGGAUCAUUUGGAGAUGAAAGGAACUGAUAGUACUAACUUCCCAAAUCAAGAAAAUCAGGAAAAUCAAGACCCCAGAGCUACUGCAAAAGUUCCUUCUCUGCCGGAGCAGAGGCCAGAGGACGGUAAUGCAGCUUCCUCAGGAGAAGGAGAAGGAGAAGUAAAUGACAGUAAAGAUUCAAAGAGGCCUUUAGAAAAAAGAUCUUUAUGCACGGAUGAGUUUUCUAAACUUGGAAACAAUAAAAGGACUUCAGCCACGACACCAAACUUUAAGAAGCUUCAUGAGGCUCGUUUUAAGAAAAUGGAAUCCAUUGAUGAAUAUAUUGUGAGGAAGAAGAAACACCUUAAGGAACACAGUUCACUUAAUGAACUAAAGCAGCUUGACAAAAGAGGGAUAGUGACUCCAGUUCCUCCAAGAGGAAGACUCUCUGUACCCUGUACUCCUGCCAGGCAGCAGUGCCCACAAGGCCACUCAGCAACUAAAAUGAAUGUCAGGUUUUCAGCUGCUACUAAAGACAAUGAACAUAAGUACUCACUGACCAAGACACCAGCCAGAAAGUCUCCACACGUGACUGCGCCUGGGAGUGCUUCAAAAGGCCAGGCUGAGUUCAGGACACCCAAGUCAAAGACCACUGAAAGGAUUUCUACUGCAGUUAUUACCCCAUUCAAGUUGAUGACUGAAGCAACACAGACUCCAGGUUCUAGUAAGAAACCAGUAUUUGAUCUCAAAGCAAGCUUGUCUCGUCCCCUCAACUACAAGCCACACAAAGGAAAGCUGAAACCUUGGGGACAAGCUAAAGAGAACAAUUCUCUGAACGAAUGUGUAAGCAGAGUCACCUUCCACAGGAAAACUUACAAACAACCUCAUCUCCAAACCAGGGAAGAACAACGGAAGAGACAUGAGCAAGAACGAAAGGAGAAGAAAGAAAAGCUUUUGGAAGCUCGAAGAAACCUGGGUGUGACUAAAGUCCAGUAACCCUGUCUGUCCCUUUACUCCUGACUUGUUUUCCUUUUGUAUGUUUUAUAUUCUUUCUCUACUUCAGUCAAAAGCUCUUUUGGUCAUAAUUUGUGUAGUGUCUCUUCUGUGCUAUAUCUGAGAAUACAUUAUCACCUUAAAGUUCAUAACUAAAGUAGUUUUCAUCUAAUGUCCUAUAACAACUCCAAUUUUUAAAAGGCUUGUCCUGAUGAU